CAGUUGAGAAGAACAGUUGUAAAAAUAAACUGGGCGUGACAAAGAGACAAAAGAAAGAUAGAGUAAGAGAAAAGUGACUCAAAAUAAAGCUAAAUUUAGGUUAAAACACUAGUGCGAAAAAGAAAACAUUUAGUAGGAAAUUUUUCAUGUUUAAUUCUUUUCAUGGCUGACGACACACAAUUUUCAAAUUUGCUUAAUUCUCUCCUCUCUAUUGACAACGAUGCUCGAUCGCAGGCUGAGGAAACCUAUAAUAAUCUAACAACGGAAGUUAAAGUGACUCUUUUGUUACGUGCUAUCCAAAAUGCUACAGUUCACGAGGAAUCGAGGCUUAUGGCUGCAGUUUUGUUGCGAAGGGUAUUCUCAUCGGAUUUCCAAGAUUUCUAUCCAAAGCUACCUGUGGAACAACAAACUGAAUUAAAGCAGCAAGUACUUUUGCUGUUACAGCAAGAUGUUAGUGCCAAUUUGAGGAGAAAAAUUUGUGAAGUUGUGGCUGAAGUCGCUAGAAAUCUCAUCGAUGAUGACGGAAAUAAUCAAUGGCAAGAGAUUCUACAGCUUCUAUUUCAAUGUGCUAGUUCCCCGAAUGUCCUUUUACAAGAAUCAGCGCUACGUAUUUUUGCGUCAGUUCCAGGCAUUUUUGGAAACCAACAGAAUCACUUUUUGCAAAUUAUUAAGGAAAUGUUGUUGAAAUAUUUAGAUCCAUCGUCAAAUGCUGAUGUACGAUUCCAAGCUGUUCGUGCUGUCGUUGCAUUCAUCUUAUUAAAUGAUAAGGAAGUUGAAAUACAAAAGUCCUUUUCUGACUUACUUCCACAUGUCAUUAUGAUAACAGCCGAUUCAAUUAAGGAGGAAGACGAUCAAACUCUUAUCAAAUUACUUAUUGACAUGUCUGAAACUGUCCCAAAAUAUUUACGUCCACAGCUUGAAUCAAUUUUCGAAAUGUGUAUUAAUGUAUUUAGAAGUGAAGAUGUCGAAGACAGUUGGAGACAUUUAGCAUUGGAAGUGAUGGUAUCACUCUCGGAAAAUGCUUCAGCAAUGGUUAGGAAAAAGGCUGAAAAGUAUAUUGCUGCAUUAGUUCCACUUGUAUUGAAAAUGAUGACAGAACUAGAUGACGACGACGAAGAUUGGUCCGUAUCUGAUGAGAUAGAAGAAGAUGAUACUGGAGAGAAUAAUGUUAUUGCCGAAUCAGCACUUGAUAGGUUAGCUUGUGGACUCGGUGGAAAAGCUAUUUUGCCUCAUGUCAUUCAAAACAUUCCAACAAUGUUGAAUAAUCCAGAUUGGAAGUAUCGACAUGCUGCAUUGAUGGCAAUUAGUGCUGCUGGUGAAGGAUGUCAUAAGCAAAUGGAAACAAUGUUAGAUAGUGUCACAGAAGGAACACUCAAAUAUUUAGCAGAUUCACAUCCACGUGUUCGUUAUGCUGCUUGUAAUGCUAUCGGACAAAUGUGCACAGAUUUUGCACCAACAUUUGAGAAGAAAUUUCACGCUCAAGUUAUCCCAGGCCUUUUAAAUCUCUUGGAAGAUCAUGCAAAUCCACGCGUACAAGCUCAUGCUGGUGCUGCACUCGUCAAUUUUAGCGAGGACUGUCCAAAAACCAUUUUAACACGCUAUCUUGAUGGAAUCAUGAAUAAAUUGGGAGCAAUUUUAAAUACAAAAUUCAACGAAUUGGUCGAGAAAGGUACGAAAUUAGUUUUGGAACAGGUAGUUACAACAAUCGCGAGUGUCGCAGAUACAACAGAAAAAGAAUUCAUUGUCUAUUAUGAUCAAUUGAUGCCGUGUUUAAAAUACAUAAUUGCGAACGCAAAUACGGAUGAAUUAAAAAUGCUUCGUGGAAAGACGAUUGAAUGUGUAAGUUUGAUCGGUCUUGCGGUCGGUGCUGAAAAGUUUAUGGCUGAUGCAAGUGAAAUUAUGGAUAUGCUGUUGAAAACUCAUACUGAGGGAAAUUUACCUGACGAUGAUCCACAAACAACAUACUUGAUUUCAGCAUGGGCACGUAUCUGUAAGAUUCUUGGCAAGCAAUUUGAACAAUAUUUACCGCUCGUUAUGGGACCUGUAAUGAAGACAGCAGCAAUGAAACCAGAAGUUGCUGUUUUAGACAAUGAUGAGAUUCAGGAUGUUGAAUCAGAUCCAGAUUGGCAAUUUGUUAAUUUGAGUGAUCAACAAAACUUUGGAAUUCGAACAGCUGGAUUGGAAGAUAAAGCUGCAGCCUGUGAAAUGCUCGUUUGUUAUGCACGCGAAUUAAAGGAAGGCUUUGCCAACUAUGCAGAAGAAGUCGUCAGAUUAAUGGUACCAAUGUUCAAGUUUUAUUUCCACGAUGGUGUACGACGUGCAGCUGCUGAAUCGCUGCCAUAUUUAUUAAUUUGUGCUAAAAUCAAGGGACAACAAUAUCUCGAAAAUAUGUGGGCCUACAUUUGUCCAGAAUUAUUGAAAGCAAUCGAAACGGAACCAGAAGCUGAAGUUAUUGCUGAAUUACUCGCAUCUCUCGCUAAAUGUAUAGAAACACUCGGUUCCAAUUGUUUAUCGGCCGAGGCAAUGGAUGAAGUUUUAAAGAUUAUUAAUAGAUUUAUGAAUGAACACUUUGAGAAAGCAGAUAAAAGAGCUCAAGCAAGAAACGAAGAAGAUUACGAUGAAGCUGUCGAAGAGCAAUUAGCCGAGGAGGAUGAAACAGAUGUUUAUCUCUUAUCACGUAUUGCAGACAUUAUUCAUUCCUUGUUUUCCAUUCAAAAAGUCUUAUUUAUGCCUUAUUUCGAUCAAGUUGCACCACACUUUAUUAAACUAUUAGAUCCAGCUAGACCGUCUUGGUCUGAUCGUCAAUGGGCACUUUGCAUAUUCGAUGACGUUAUCGAAUUUUGCGGUCCACAAUGUGCAAAGUAUCAACAAUUUUUCCUUCAAUCGAUGAUUCAAUAUUGUAAAGAUAAACAACCAGAAGUUCGUCAAGCAGCUAUGUAUGGAUGUGGAAUACUUGCACAGCACGGUGGUGAUCAAUUCGCCCAAACAUGCUCAGUCGCAAUGCCAAUAUUAGUAGAAGCUGUGAUGGCUACAAAUGCGAGAGAACCUGAAAAUAUGACUGUUACGGAGAACGCCAUCUCAGCAAUUGCUAAAAUCCUGAAAUAUAAUAGUUCUGCCAUUACUAACGCUGAUGAAAUCGUCAAUAUAUGGUUCCAAAGUUUACCAGUAACGGAAGACGACGAAGAAGCACCGCACAUCUAUGGAUACUUGUGUGAUUUGAUUCAGUCAAAUCAUCCGAUUAUUUUGGGAAAUAAUAAUAGCAAUUUACCUCGCAUUGUUGCCCUGAUUGGCGAUGCUUUCUAUCACGGAGUAAUUCAGAUCAUAACUCCAACAAAUGAGAAUAUCGAUAACAUGCGAUUAGAAUAUGUUCAACGAAAUAACGACGUAGCUGGACGUAUGCUCAACAUUGUAAAACAAAUUCAGUCAAACGUAGAAGUGUUUAAUGCAUGCAUACAAAUGAUUAAUGACCAGCAAAAGAGUGCACUGGAGGAAGCUAUGAAAAACUUUAACAACAUCACAGUGGCAUAAAUGUUUUUAAUAAUAUUAUUAUUAUUAUUUACUACCUACAUAUUAUUAUUGUACUUGUAAAACUCAUUAUUUACUGGAAGUUCUCAAUUUGAAUGGGUGUUUUGUUCCAGAAAAAUCAUGUUCAAAUCAAAUCUAUUCAAAUCGAGGAUCCCCAGUAUAUAUUUUGCCUAUUUUCUGUUCCACCAUGCAUAUAGAUACAAGAAUAAUACAUCUAUUUUUUGUAUUGAGAUAUAUAAACAAGAAACUAAUUUCAAAAUUAAUUCAUUUAAGUCAUUUUAUUUUUUCACAUGUCUAU